UAAAAACAGAACAAGAGUAGUAACUUAGCUCCCUUCUCACUCAUCAUCACUCCCAAAAGCAAACUUUAAAGAAAGAAAGUUCCAGAUCAGAAGAAGAGGACAUCUUCGUCAUUUCAUUUAAAUCCAUCCAUCUUAUUUCCUUUCUUUCUCAGCUCAUUUUAACCAAAACCACAACACUCUGCUUUACACAAAUCUUGCCGGAGAAGAACACCUGCUUUCUCACCACUAUUUAUAUUUUGCUACUAACUCUCACUUCCUAAUUUGGAUAGGUAUUUUUUUUUUUUUUUUUUUGGUUCUUGGUAAAAAUGGAGAGAACCACUCCAGUAAGGAAGCCACACACAUCCACUGCAGAUCUGCUCGUUUGGUCCGAAACUCCUCCUGCUGAUUCACCUGCUAACGCCACCGCCACGCGCCUAACCACUCGCGCCCAGCCAUCGGAUGGGAUUAGCAAGGUGGUUUUUGGGGGUCAAGUGACGGACGAGGAAUCUGAGAGCUUAAACAAAAGGAAACCUUGUUCAGGGUACAAAAUGAAGGAGAUGACUGGCAGUGGCAUUUUCGCGGCCGGUGGAGAAAAUGAUACAUUAGAAUCUGAUAGUGCCAAUCCAACUCCAAAUAACAGAACAGGAAUACGCAUGUAUCAGCAAGCGAUUGCUGGAAUCAGUCAUAUCUCAUUUGGUGAGGAAGAUAAUGUUUCUCCCAAGAAGCCUACUACUAUACCUGAGGUGGCUAAGCAGCGUGAGCUAAGUGGGACACUGGAAAGCGAGGCAGAGGCAAAGUUGCAAAAGCAGAUUUCUGAAUAUAAGAGCAAGGAGCUUAGUGGACAUGAUAUCUUUGCACCCCCUCCAGAAAUUUUACCACGGCCAGCUGUGCGCUCCUUGGCGUUGAAGGAAAAUUUUAACUUGGGAGAAACUGCUGCACAAAAUGUACCGUCAUCUGUCAAUACCUCUGACAGCAAUAUAAUGUCUAGUGAGGAAUCUGGGAUGAAGACAGCAAAGAAGAUAUAUGACAAGAAAUUUGCUGAGCUUUCUGGAAACAACAUAUUCAAGGGUGAUGUUCCUCCAACAUCUGCUGAGAAGUCACUGAGUGUGGCAAAACUGCGGGAGAUGAGUGGCAGUGACAUCUUUGCCGAUGGGAAGGCGGAGUCGCGAGACUAUCUGGGUGGAGUACGCAAGCCUCCAGGCGGCGAGAGCAGCAUUGCCUUGGUUUAACUUGUUAGGUCUAACUUGGUUAUUUUUUAUACUUUGUGCCUGGUUUUGUGUUAUUCCCAGUGGUGGUGGUGUGAUUAUAUUAUUCGACCUUGCAUUGCGGGUUUUGGGAAUCUUGUUCUAGGUUUUAACAUGUUGCCAGAGCUAUGGACUGUCUGCUAAUUGGGUUUGUAUGUCCAUAAUCUUGUGCUUUUCAGUGCUUGUUUUAGUGAAAUUUAUGGUCGUUUCUCCAGGUUUAAUUUUAUUUCUUAGUACUACAUUGAUUAUCA